AAUGAUAAAUAAAUAUUAAUGCUAAUUAAUAGUAUACUAGCAGUACAGAAAUAUAGAGAGGGAUAUAAAGCUGGCAAAGAAGAGUGUGAGAAGGGAGAAAAAGGGCACCGAAGAAUGAACCAGCACCAACACCAUCAUCAUCCACACCUCCAACUCCAACACUGUCUACUUGUAGUCGCUGCUUCUUCUUCUGCUUCUGCUUCUACUUCUACUAGUACUACUACUCCACCACAGUUUGCUUAUUCUUUGUCAGUAGCAGAUAACGAAGCAACACAGAGAUGGGAAAUUGCGGUACCAGAGAGGAAUCUGCAGUGGUAACCCAUGCUCAAGUUCAGCAGCUCAACAUGUUAUCGUCUUUGCCUGUGAAGAACGGUGAGAAGAAGCAGAAUCACAAUCGCUCUAUAUCAGAUCUGAGCGAUCCCUCAACCCCUAGAAACUUUGAGGACUCGAGAAAGAACGCCUUGCUUUAUACCCAUGUCAUUGCCUUUACUCUUUACGAGCUGGAGACAAUCACCAAGAGCUUUCGUUCGGAUUACAUUCUAGGUGAAGGAGGAUUUGGAACUGUGUACAAGGGUUACAUUGAUGAGAAUGUCAGAGUUGGUCUUAAGUCGCUUCCUGUUGCUGUUAAGGUUCUCAACAAAGAGGGUCUUCAGGGACAUCGAGAAUGGCUUACUGAGGUCAACUUUCUCGGGCAGCUUAGGCACCCAAAUUUGGUCAAGUUGAUUGGAUAUUGUUGCGAGGACGAUCAUAGGUUGCUUGUCUACGAGUUCAUGUUCCGAGGAAGCCUUGAGAAUCACUUGUUCCGAAAGGCAACAAUCCCGUUAUCCUGGGCGACAAGAAUGAUGAUUGCUCUUGGAGCUGCCAAAGGGCUGGCUUUUCUUCACAAUGCUGAAAGGCCAGUUAUCUAUCGGGACUUCAAAACCUCUAAUAUAUUACUGGACUCUGAUUAUACAGCCAAGCUUUCUGAUUUUGGUCUUGCUAAAGCUGGACCUCAAGGGGAUGAGACCCAUGUAUCUACUCGAGUAAUGGGUACUUAUGGUUAUGCAGCACCAGAAUAUGUGAUGACUGGGCACCUGACUGCAAGGAGUGAUGUGUAUAGCUUUGGAGUUGUUCUUCUGGAGCUUUUGACAGGAAGGAGGUCUGUUGACAAAACAAGACCAAGCAAGGAACAGAACUUGGUAGAUUGGGCUCGGCCAAAACUGAAUGACAAGAGAAGGCUGCUUCAAAUAAUAGACCCUCGGUUGGAGAAUCAGUACUCAGUAAGGGCUGCCCAGAAAGCCUGCAGCUUGGCAUACUAUUGUCUGAGCCAAAAUCCCAAAGCAAGGCCAUUAAUGAGUGAUGUUGUUGAAACUUUAGAACCCCUGCAAAGUUGUAAUGAUGCAAAUGAAGUGUCAUCAUCAUCACUAACUGGUGUGGCUCGUCAGUUUGCUGUAAGUGCAAUCCCUGAUCACCGGAUGCGCCGCAGAUUUGCGAAUAAUGUGGGUCCUGGUUCUAGUUGUCGAUCUCCUAACCCAAAUUGUUCUCCUGGAGCUCCUGCAGCAUGCAGGGUUAGAUGAGAAAUGCAGCGCAAUAUGUAUACUUGUUUGGUGUGCGUUUUUUCCUCCCCAGAACUCCAUUCUGAAAUGACAAAAUUUGCUUGUUUACAUGGUUUCACUGCCUCAUCUAUGUCAAUAUACAUGGUUUCAUGGUGAUCCCAAAAACCAUUGUUAAUUAUUUUCUACAACUGGGUGCUGGUAUUUAUGUUGUGGUUAUGCUUUGCCAUAUGAAAAACUAGCUUACCAUUUUGACAUGUAGUUAUAGCUCUGCUGGUGGAAGCCAAAGAGACCCACUCAAUUCUGUGUUGAUCUGUAUUGUUCCUCUUUAAUGUUAUUUGCACUCGUUCCUUGUAUCGGUUACACACAUAAAAGCAUAAUUGUAUGUAUGUGUUGGUAUAUAUAUAUGGUAAUGAUACCUUUUUGAGUUUCUCAAAA